UUUCUUUUCCAAGUCUGUAAUAAAUUUUUUUUUUUUUUUCGGUCUGUAAUAAGUUCUUGUUCUUUCUCUCAUGGCUUCUGUGUCUUUUUUCCUUGUUGGGUUUUUCGUUUUGGCUUGUGUAGUAGUACUGGGAGCAACCCAGAACAACUCAGAUGGGGUUGAAAUGGGGAUGGAAAAGGAGGAGCUUUUGGGGCUAUUUGAAGUUUUAGAUGCUCUUCUAGAUGACUCCAACUGGGCCCAACAACAUCCCCACCCAUGCACUGAGACUCCAUGGCCUGGUGUUGAAUGCGAAGUUGGUCAAGACCCUCCCUUAUUUCAUGUCACAAAAAUCCAUGUUGGCCCUGAUAUCCUAAACGCUCCUUGCAAAUCCUCUGCAACACUAUCACAUUCUCUUUUCAAGUUACCUUAUCUAAACACUCUCUCCAUUUUCAAUUGUUUCUUGAAGUCACCUGUCACUCUUUCUCCAACUCUUUUUGGUGGUGCAUUAUUCCCUCCCUUGGAACAUCUGGCUCUUGAUUCAAAUCCCUCCCUUUCAGGAGAAAUUCCUCCAACUCUAGCAAAGAUUGUUAGCUUAAAAGUCCUAAGCUUGUCGCAGAACAUGCUAGAGGGGAAAAUCCCAAAGGAAAUUGGUGGGAUGAUCCUUUUAGAGCAACUUGACCUUAGUGACAACAAUUUAAGUGGUGAAGUCCCUUUGGAGAUUGGAGGGUUGGAAAACUUGACCAUUUUGGACUUUAGCUUGAAUGGUCUUGAAGGUCAAGUUCCUUGCUCUUUGGGUCAACUUCAACUCCUUCAGAAGAUUGACUUGGGUUCAAACAGGUUUAUGGGAAGUAUUCCACCAGAAAUAGGAAAGCUGAAGGGGUUGGUCUUGCUUGAUUUGAGCUACAACUUUAUAAAUGGUCCACUCCCAGAGACCCUUUCAGGUUUAGAGAACUUAGAGCACUUAAUAGUGGAUCACAACCCUCUGAAUACAGAGAUACCGCAGUUUUUAGGUACUACCCUUAGGAAGCUCCAAACAAUGAGUUUCUCGGUAUGUGGAUUAACAGGACCGUUGCCUUAUUCUCUUUCUUCUUUGAAGCACUUAUCUGCUCUUUCUUUAGACAACAAUAGCCUCACAGGUUCAGUUCCUCCAAAUUUAGGUAAAAUCCCAAGUUUAGAUCAUCUGAAUUUGAGCAACAACCAACUGAGUGGAGAGCUAUCAUUUCCUGAAGAUUUCAUAAACAGGAUUGGGAAAAGGUUGGAUGUUAGAGGAAACAAUGGUCUGUGCACCAGCAAUCACUUGUACAGGAAGAAGAACAUUUCUGUUUACCUGGAAACCCCUCUCUGUUUGAAUUCAAGUGGGCACAGAAACGACAAAAUCUUUGGUGAUAAGAAUCCAAAUGGGUUGAAGAGAAUCAGACCAUCUGAGCACCAUAUCAUGGAAAGUUCAGAAGCUCCUCCAUGUCUGAAUCAAAAAGUCAUUUCAAUAUUCAGCUUUCUUGUAUGUUGUUCCCUGUGUUUUCUAAUGUUUUUGUAAUAUCAUGGUAAGCUUUUCUACUUGAGAAGUAAUUUUAGGAACAGCUUUCUUUCGUUCUCCAUACGAACCGAUUAUUCACGGGUUCAUAUUUCUUUUCUCGGAAAAAAUGAUUUGGACAAGAAAAAUUAAACUUUAUGGUAUGUACGUGUGAUCGUGGUCGUGGUUGGAACGUUGAGUUGCAUUGCA